AUGGUGCAGGCAGCCUCGCUUGAGGCUCUCGAACCGGCUGAGGAUGCGUCUCUGCGGGCACUUGUCAUCUGCUGGCCAGUGUCAGCAAUAGGGCCGUACCUCUGCCAAGUUCCUGAGAACAUAUGGGAUGCGUAUGUGCGCAAUGCCGUCAAGUUGCCCGUGCAACACUGGCAGCGGUGGCUGCGCACACAGAGAGAUAUCAGCAUGAAUAACAUCACAAGGCUACCAGAGGAUGCGUUCAAGAACUUUCCAUGGUUAGAAAACCGGCGACUGGCUGGCAACGAUCUUUCUUUUAUCCAUCCAAAGGCCUUGUCUGGGUUGAAAGAACUCAAAGUUCUAACCCUGCAGAAUAAUCAGCUGAAGACUGUCCCUAAUGAGGCCAUCAGAGGAUUAAGCGGUUUACAGUCCCUGCGUUUAGAUGCUAACCAUAUAACUGCUAUACCUGAAGACAGCUUUGAGGGUCUGGUGCAGUUGCGUCACCUUUGGUUGGAUGACAACAGCUUGACGGAAGUUCCCAUCUAUCCGCUCAGCAACCUCCCCUCUCUGCAGGCGUUAACGCUGGCUCUUAACAAAAUAACGCACAUUCCUGACUACGCAUUUACAAACCUUUCAAGUCUUGUUGUUCUACAUCUUCAUAAUAAUAAAAUAAAAACUAUAGGAAAACACUGUUUUGAUGGAUUAGACAACCUUGAAACCUUGGAUUUAAAUUAUAAUAACAUGGUAGAGUUCCCUGAAGCCAUAAAAGCACUCCCAAGUCUAAAGGAGUUGGGAUUUCACAGUAACUACAUUUCCAUAAUUCCUGAUGGUGCAUUUGCAGGAAACCCCCUUCUAAGAACGAUACAUUUGUAUGAUAAUCCUUUGUCUUUUGUGGGGAACUCAGCAUUUCAGAAUCUGUCAGAUCUGCAUUCCCUGGUUAUUCGGGGUGCCAGCAUGGUGCAGUGGUUUCCUAAUUUGACAGGAACCGUUAAUCUGGAGAGUUUAACUCUAACAGGGACCAAGAUAAACAGUAUUCCUGUUAAUUUAUGCCAAGAGCAAAGGGUGCUACGAACUCUGGACUUGUCUUAUAACAGUAUAAAGGACCUCCCAAGUUUUAAGGGCUGCCACUCCUUGGAAGAAAUUUCCUUGCAGCAUAAUCAAAUCCGUGAAAUCACCGAGGAUACCUUUCAAGGACUGUCCUCCCUUCGUAUCCUUGACCUCAGCAGAAAUCGGAUCCAUCAGAUCCACAAGGGAGCUUUCACCACUGUCGGAGCUAUUCUUAACCUAGACCUAAGUUUCAACGAACUCACUUCAGUUCCAACUGAAGGAUUGAGUGGACUGAACCAGCUUAAACUUGCAGGCAAUUCUGAGUUGAAGGAAGCUUUGGCAGCAAAAAACUUCGCAAAGCUCCGGUCGCUCUCUGUACCGUAUGCUUACCAGUGCUGCGCGUUUUGGGGUUGUGAUUCUUAUUUAAACUCUAACGCUGAAGAUUCCAGUCACCAAGAUCAAGGUGCCUCGAUGGAUCGUGAAAAGGGAACUCAAACUGCUGCAGCAAUUUCCGCACGGAGCGAAAAUGAGGAACUGGGACAGACUAUUAUUCACUGUACACCCGCAACAGGUGCUUUUAAGCCUUGUGAAUAUUUAUUGGGAAGCUGGAUGAUUCGACUUACUGUCUGGUUUAUUUUUUUGGUUGCUUUGUUCUUCAACCUGCUUGUCAUGUUAACAAUAUUUGCAUCCUGUACUCCAUUGCCAUCUUCCAAACUGUUUAUAGGCCUCAUUUCUGUCUCUAACUUAUUUAUGGGAGUCUAUACUGGUAUUUUAACUUUCUUGGAUGCUGUCUCUUGGGGAAGAUUUGCUGAAUUUGGCAUAUGGUGGGAGACUGGCAGUGGUUGCAGAGUUGCUGGGUUUCUCGCAGUCUUUUCGUCAGAAAGUGCCAUUUUUUUCCUGAUGUUGGCAGCUGUUGAACGGAGCUUGUCUGCGAAGGAGAUCAUUAAAAAGGGGAAAAGCAAUCGCCAGAAACAGUUUCAGAUUGCGGCAUUUAUUGCUUUCCUGUGUGCUGUGGUAGCAGGAUGCUUACCACUUUUUUAUAAAGCGGAGUACUCGGCAUCGCCCCUUUGCUUGCCGUUCCCCACUGGAGAGACACCUUCGUUAGGCUUCACAGUAACUUUAGUGCUCCUGAAUUCAUUAGCAUUUUUGCUAAUGGCCAUUAUCUACACUAAACUGUAUUGCAACUUGGAAAAAGAGGACCUCUCCGAGAACUCGCAGUCCAGCAUGAUUAAGCAUGUCGCUUGGCUAAUCUUCACGAACUGCAUCUUCUUCUGCCCUGUUGCAUUUUUCUCAUUUGCACCGUUGAUCACGGCGAUUUCUAUCAGCCCUGAAAUCAUGAAGUCUGUUACUUUGAUAUUUUUCCCGUUACCUGCUUGCCUGAAUCCAGUUCUGUACGUAUUCUUCAACCCAAAGUUCAAGGAAGACUGGAAGUUGCUCAGGCGCCAUAUGACCAGGAAGAACGGAGCGGUAGCGAUUGCCGUCAACGCUCAAGGGGGCUGCGUGACGCAGGAUUUUUACUACGACUGUGGCGUGUACACCCAUUUGCAGGGUAACAUCGCCGUGUGCGAAUGUUGCGAAUCGCUCCUUUUAUCCAAGCCCGUGCCCUGUAAACACUUAAUGAAAUCACACAGCUGCCCCGCGCUGGCUGUGGUGCCUUGCCAACGGCCGGAUGGCUACUGGUCGGACUGCGGCACCCAGUCAGCACACUCCGACUACGCGGACGAGGACGACUCCUUCGUGUCGGACAGCUCAGACCAAGUGCAGGCCUGCGGCCGUGCGUGUUUCUACCAAAGCCGAGGGUUCCCUUUGGUUCGUUACGCCUACAACAUACCGAGAAUUAAAGACUGAAAAGGCUCUUUGCCAUCAGCUGCUCUAAUAAAGAGGUAUAAUGCUUCA